UGUAAAUUUAGAUUGGGUCGUGCCGAAAAAAAUGGUCUCGAAAAUUCUAACACUCAUUAUAGACUACUAAUAAUGUAAGUAUAACACUAAUGAAACGGUAGUUCAUCAACAAAAUUUCAUCAAUUUGAUUGCGAGGUCCAUAGCCCGGUGAACAAAGUCAUCAUCAGUUUACACCCUUUCUAAGAACUUCCUCAUAGUAUGUUUUUGGCAGAACUUUUGCCAAAUUUGAAGACCAAUGCCAAAUCAUACGAUAUUCAUUUCUAGUGAUUACUGGUGGUGGAUUCCAGUUCUUCCAUAUCUGCAUAUCUGUACAGCUUCUCAUUGAAAACUACUUGGGGAUCUUUAUCAAUCAAAAUACCAUCCUGCCCAUAAGCAUCCUUCAAGAAAACACACCAAUUCAUCUCAGUACCGGCAAGAUAAAACGUCCGAGGUUGCUUCAGAAGCAUCUGAUAAGUAUGUUUAGUGAGACUAAAUUCCUCCUUGAACUCCACAAUGUUAUGUAUGUAAGCCCUCUUCUCCAAUGUCAAGCUCAAGAACUCAUGAACCACUCCAACCCUGUACUUCUCAGCUUCUACAGUCCACAAAUCUAAUUUACUCCCAUCCGAAUAAGGGGAAACUAAUGGCAAAGUCAUCAACAAGUUCAACUUCCUCUCAUCAUGCUCGUCCAGUUCCAAUGCCUUGCCAUGUUUCACCCCAAAUUUGAAUGCCUUCUUCACCUUAUCUUCAUCGACCAUGAACUCCCUUUCCAAAGCACUUACUGCCAACGAAGGAUCCCAACUCACAAGCUCGAGAAUCCGUUUUCCAUCAUCCUCAAAAACAACCUUAAAAUACUGAGGAAACUUCCCAACCCAAUCUCUAAAAUCCUCCCUUAUUCCAAAUAGAUGUCUGUUAUGAUAAAUUUUACUCAAUAGCAUCCUUUUGUUGACUGACAUCAUAAGCAAUUUCCUAACGACGUUAACUCUGUCCAUUUCCAUUUCAUCCAUGAUUUUCUGCUCUUCAAGAAUCAACCUUUCCAUGAAUUCGCUGAACCCCAACCACAUCUUAUUAUCACUGUGGCGAUAAACCUCGAAUAUUAAAGGGUGGUGCUGUAUGAACUUGACUACUUUGCGGCCUCGGGGAAAUCCCAGCAGCUGAUGCAUUUUUCCGGCCUCGUCGAGGAGGAGGACUUGUUGGGGCUGUUUCAACAGGAAAUCUUUUGUUUUCAUUAAAAAUCUGUAGUGAGCGUCACGGCGAAGUAUGCUUUCAAAGUGAGGGAUGACAUUUGGCUGUGUUUGGACAAGUUUGAAGCGGGGGCUUUCCUUUUUCUUACGUUUCUUCCUGAACUUUUUGGGGAUUUUUGUCACAAGAAACGAGGUGGAGAAAUGGGAGGCGAAGAGCGAGGAGAAUACUUGGGCUUUGGGGAAAGGAUCAUAGGGGUUUAGAAGGGCUUUGAGAAGGGGAACUUUUGGAUGUGUAGUUUUUGCGGCGCUCAAAAGGAGGCGCUGCCACUGAAACAUGAUUUGCUGUCGGAAAAUGGUUGCUUUAGGCUUCGUAUGUAGUUAUCAGCCAAACAAUGACCCCCCUGGACCUGGAAAAUAAGAAGAAAAAAAAAGGACGAGUUAAAAUCUUAAAAGGGAGUUCAUGAAUAGUAUGUCUCACAAAAUUGCACCCAUGAAAGACUUAAUCCAGUGAACUUAACAGGAUAAAAAAGGAAAAAGUAUUUACAUUAAGGUACACCACUGAAGAUCAUCCAGAAAUCUGUAAUCAGAUAAGGCAUAGCUACAGAUAGGAAACAACUAACAAAGAUAAAGCGGGUUCACAAGGAUACAUAGCUUCAAAAAAUGCAGGAUCCCACCCUCAAAUUGUGAAGAAAAACCAGAUCUGCUCUAGAUUAUCCUCUUAUAUUAUACGCUUAGACAUAGCAUCUUCACAGGCAAAAGACUGAAAAUGAAACAGUGCAAGUCUAGAAACAUGGCACCUUUUAUUUGCCAUGUUAUAUGCUUGUCAUCUAUACUGCACUCCUUCCAAUCUCAUUCCAUUACCUACAACUUCUAAGAUGAAAUAAUGUAAAUCUACAUUUCAACAGGACUUUAUGCAAACUUUCAUGACGUCAUAGACUCAAAGGAUCUCGAGAGACAGUAAAGAGUACAGAAAUGGAAGGCUUCAGAGCAUAUGUUGCACUAAAGGAUUUCCACAGGACUUUAUGCAAACUCUCAUGACGUCAUAGACUCAAAGGAUCUCAAGAGACAGUAAAGAGUAGAGAAAUGGAAGGCUUCAGAGCAUAUGUUGCACUAAAGGAUUUCCACAGGACUUUAUGCAAACUCUCAUGACGUCAUAGACUCAAAGGAUCUCGAGAGACAGUAAAGAGUACAGAAAUGGAAGGCUUCAGAGCAUAUGUUGCACUAAAGGAUUUCCAGCCAAAAACAAGGUUGAAUAAGGGAUGCAAAAGACCGAAACUGAACAACAAAGAGGGAGAUAAAUAACCGCACUAAACAACAGUUGCACCACUUCCCCAUUCCUCCUACUGCAUGUGGAAUCCAAAUUAACCGAGCCAACAUAAGAAUAGUAAACAAUUAGCAAGCUUCUCGUGUAAUACGAUGCUAGGAACUCAACUAAAAAGUUCACAUUUUAAUGCAGAGAAUCAGAGAAGGCCUAGAUGUACAAGGUAGUUCCAGUAGUCUGAAUCAAGUUGAAAUUCCACAAAUCAGCCAAUAACAAUUUGAAUUCAAGAAUAUUUUCAUAACUAAUCAAUGAAUCCCCAACAAAACAGCAGAAAACUAUGGCAAAUUAAGCAAAUUGACUAUUGCUCAAAUGCGAAAAAUGUGAAAUUCCGUAUGCUAAUCCGAAUCUACUUAGAUUUUUUUUCCUUCAAACGAAUAGAGCAGACAAUUGCCAAAUGAAGUACUCUCACAUCCAGAUUAUAUAUCUUCAUCUUUGGUAAAAUCAGGAAUUUCACUCAAUUAAUAACUGAGCGAAAUGCUUGUUGAUUCAGUUGCGGCAUACUGGGUUCACAAUCAAAGCCAAUUAAGACAGAUGAACAAACGACAUUUUGGUUCUCCCACAAAGAAAGAAAGAUGUAAAGGGAACAGAAAUAAAUAAAUAAAGGCGAACCCUUCAUUAAGGAACUGACGGUGAUGAAGCGGCGGCUGCUAACGCUAACCGAGAACGAACUUCCAAUGAAGAUUUGGACUUUCUUACUUCCAAGAGAGGAUUUUGAGCUUUGAAGGUGAAUGCUGGAGAAGAUGACCGGCAAAAGGGGUUUCUGAAUGAAUUUGAGCUUUUUAUAUAGUACUUAUAUAUAUAUAUAUAUACAGAUCUCGGUGUUUUUCUAUUUUUCCCCCUUUUUCUGGGGAGUUUUUAAAUGUAUUUUCGUCUGCAUGUGUACGAGAUAUUUUACGAGGCUUUUUGUUGUCAUCCUCGAACCAAAUCCUAUAAUAUUGUUCCUUUCUGGGGCCUUCUUUAUUCAUUACCUCAUCAUCUUCAAGAAUCUUUUGUUUUUGUACAUUUUCGUUUUGGAUUCAUUCAAGCCCAUUUGAAUUCCCUUAUGUUCUCCUGCUCGUUCUGGAAUCUGCAAUCUGAUUAGCUCGAGUUUUCUUGAAAUUCCAUCAAAUGUUGUCUGUGAAGUGGCCAGUGAGUUGUACAUUUAGUGAGCCAAGAUACUGCAGGAACAACAUCAGCUGUAGAGCUUCAACUUCCACGGAGGAACCUGUAAAGAAGUGGAAACGUGAUGGCUUAUAUGUUGACAAACGUGGCGACUUGGUUAGGUUUAAACAUAAAAAAGUUUCCAGAAAAAAGGGGGGUUCUUUGAGAGGCAGAGGAUGGCAGUAUGGAUCUGGAUUUGUUGAUGGUAUCUUUCCUGUAUUAAGUCCAGUCGCUGAGAAGAUCUUGAACUUUGUGCGAAGGGAAUCAGAUGUUUAUAGAGUUUGGAGUUCCUUAGAUGCUCUACCUAUAAAUGCUAAUACAUGGGAUGACCUAAUUAAUGUGUGUGUUCAGCUGCGUCUCAAUAAACGAUGGGAUCCCAUUAUACAGAUGUGUGAAUGGAUAAUGUACAAGAGUUCUUUCCAGCCUGAUGUCAUUAUCUAUAAUUUGCUUAUAGAUGCUUACGGGCAGAGAUCAGACCUUAAGAAGGCAGAAUCUGUCUAUCUAGAGCUCCUCGAAGCUCAAUGCCUACCCACAGAAGAUACUUAUGCACUGCUAAUAAAAGCCUACUGCAAAUGUGCGCUGUUUGAGUAUGCCGAAGCUGUUCUUGCUGAGCUGCGGGAGCGAGGCCAUCCCCCUAGCACAGUAGUCUUCAAUGCUUAUAUUGAUGGUUUGAUCAAGCACAAAAAUGCAUCGAAAGCAGUUGAGAUAUUUCAAAGAAUGGAGAGAGAUCACUGCCAACCAUCGACGGACACAUAUACAAUGAUGAUCAAUUUAUAUGGGAAGGAAAACAAAUCAUAUAUGGCCUUAAAGUUGUUCAAUGAAAUGAGAAGUAAAAAGUGUCAUCCUAACAUUUGUACUUACACGGCACUGGUGAAUGCAUUUGCCAGAGAUGGACUGUGCGAAAAAGCAGAAGAAAUUUUUGAACUUCUACAAGAAGCUGGUUAUGAGCCUGAUGUGUACGCCUACAACGCUCUCAUGGAGGCCUACAGCCGUGCUGGUAUUCCUAAUGGUGCUGCAGAGAUCUUUUCGCUUAUGAAGCAUAUGGAAUGUGAACCGGAUAGGGCCUCAUACAACAUUAUGGUGGAUGCAUACGGGAGAGCUGGUCUUCAUGAAGGUAAAGUUCUAAAUCCAAAAGCCACGUUACGUUCAGUGAAGUCACCUGUUUUCAAAGGGUUAAUUGUUUUCAUUUUCGUCUUUGUUGUGUCUGAAACUAGUACGGUCGUUUCUGUAUUUGCUAAAUGAUGUGUAUUCAGCCACAGAGAAAUAUGACACAUAUUUGCUUUCUUCCUUAAGAUUACUGUUCAGUGCACUUGUCCUGAAAGCAAAGAUGUAUGUCUUAUCUAGGGAUCCAAACCCCUUUUCAAAUAUUUUGCUGCUGUAGAUGUCUGAGAGGACACAACACCUAUCUUUUGUGUCAUGGAGAUAUACACAUUGGGUUUGUUUGUAUGUUCUUUGGUAUUUUUGCACCCCACUAUUGUGAUUCUGGAGUUCAUGGUACACUUGUUUCCUAAUUGUUUCAACAACUGAGAUGUUUUUUUUUGGUUCUUCAUUGUUUCUGCAAUAGAUGCAGAAGCUGUUUUCGAAGAAAUGAAGCGACUAAGAAUCUCACCAACCAUGAAGUCAUACAUGCUACUUAUUUCGGCCUAUACAAAAGCCGGAAAUGUGCAAAAGUGUGAGGAAAUCCUUGAUGACUUGCAGAAGUCCGGACUCAAACCAGACACGUACGUAUUCAACAGUAUGCUUAAUCUGUAUGGUAAACUAGGCCAGUUUCAGAAAAUGGAAGAAGUCCUGGAAGCCAUGUCAAUUGGUCCAUGUCCAGCCGAUAUCAGCACUUACAACAUUCUGAUAAACGCCUACGGUAGAGCUGGAUUCUUUGAGAAAAUGGAGGAACUUUUCUCGUCGCUUCGCGGGAAGAACUUCACACCAGAUGUUGUGACCUGGACAUCCAGACUAGGAGCUUACUCCAGGAAGAAAAUGUACAAAAGAUGUUUGGAAAUUUUCGAGGAGAUGAUCGACAGUGGGUGUUAUCCAGAUGGAGGAACAGCCAAAGUGCUGCUUUCGUCUUGUUCAACUGAAGAUCAGGUUGAGCAAGUCACCAAUGUAAUCAGAACAAUUCAUAAAGGUGACUCAUCUGUAUAACUUGCAUAAUUUACUCAAUUCUUUCUGUUUGUUAUACAUAGAAGUAGAACUUGG